ACUUCUGCCACGUUUCGAAAGUGGUGGGGCGAUGCCGGGCCGCCUUCCCAAGGUGGUGGUACAACAUCACGGACGGGUCUUGCCAGCAGUUUGUGUAUGGAGGCUGUGAAGGGAAUAACAACAAUUACGUAACCAAGGAGAUGUGUAUGGAAAAAUGCGCCGGAGUCAAAGAGAAUGCUGUUCAUGUGCUGCUCACCAACAGGAGUGGAGCUGUGUCCUCUGUCCCGAGUGAUCUCAGAAGGCAGGAUGACCUAGCCAGCAACAUCUUCAACUACGAAGAGUACUGCACUUCCAAGGCGGUCACCGGGCCGUGCCGCGCAGCCUUCCUUCGCUGGUAUUUUGAUGCUGAGAAGAACGCCUGUGACCACUUCAUCUAUGGAGGCUGUCAUGGUAACAAGAACAACCAUCGAUCUAAGGAGGAGUGCAUGCAGCGCUGCUUUG